CGCGGCCUCAGCUGAGCUAACUAACCGGCUCCACGCGCACACGCACGCGCUCAGGACCGACGCGACAUGGCCGGCAGGAACGGGAGCCUCUACGCCGUGCUCGGCGUCGCCGCCGACUGCUCCGACGCCGAGCUGCGCACCGCCUACCGCAAGCUCGCCAUGAAAUGGCACCCGGACAAGUGCGGCGCCGCGGGGAGCUCGGCAGGCGGCGCGGAGGCGGCCAAGGUGAGGUUCCAGAAGAUCCAGGGAGCCUACGCCGUGCUCUCGGACCCCAAUAAGAGGAUCCUGUAUGACGUCGGAGCCUACGACAGCGACGGCGACGAUGAUGGCGCUGGUGAAAUUCUCGGCGACAUUCUCGAGGCUAUGAACCAAUCAGGCUCCACGGAGAAUGGCAAGAACGAGAGCUUCGAGGAUCUGCAGAGGCAGUUCGAGGAGCUGUUCCUCCGGCCGCCGGCGCCGCCGCCGACGUCGUCGUCGUCGUUCCGGUCGGCGCAAGAUGACGCUGGGAAGUCCACCAAGAGAAGGGCCGGAAGAACGUAGACGUACGUACGUACGUACGUACACGGUUACCUUACACUCGUAUGUACCGCAGGCUGAAGAUAUUUAUUACCACGAGAUUUUGCAUCCAUUUCGUACGUGUGGUGCUCAAGACGGCCAUUUGAUAUCUAAUACGUACGCUGAUUGAUCAAGAAAAAAAGGGAUUCGGAUAAUGAUGUUAUGCGCUGAUAAUCCAGGGCAGCAACCUGUAAUCUCAAUAACACCUUUUGGCAGCCGUCCUUCGGUUUGCAUGUACGCAGAUGGCUAUUAAUUUGUCUAGCUAGAAAUUGGCAAAUUUAAAGCAGGUCACAUUUCAAUUGUUAUAUAAAUAUGUGCCAUAUUGCCAAACCUGGGUGAUUCUCCAUGCCGAAUUAAUGGGAAAAAGGAGGGUUAAUGAACAUGUGCCCUAAGUAUAUACUCCAUAUAUUAUUGUUAUUCAAGUGGCUAUCCAUGUGCAGUAGUCAGUACACUAACUAUUGAGGUGGAGCAGUAAAAUAUUCUUU